ACAAAAGAUGGAUUUGGUUAUUUCAGUUCUAUACAAAAGAAGAAUGAAAACAUAGCCAACUUUAUGGUGCAUUCUUCUCAAGCAAAUAAAUUUUCAAGAUGGAUUUGAAUCUUAUUCAACUGGUAAAUUUAAACUUACAAGGAACUUCAUCCCCAUUAAAUGAACAUCUAUGUUUUCUCCCAACCAAAUAAGAGUUCCUCAACAUGUUCGGUUAUGGAAUGGAAAAGUAUCUAUUUUCAUUGCAUUCUUUUAUUUCGUUUCAAUUUAACUGCUUUCAUUAUUCCCAUCAAAACAACACCUUAAAGAAUUGAAAUGGGAUAACUUUCAUCAAGACCUGCAUUGUGGAUUUUUCAGUUACAUGACCCAAAAUCCACCUGCUGCAUAUAUAGGUACUCUGCAUCAUGCAAUGGACCCUGCCAUACGAUUCUCAGUGAUUAGAUGGUGCUGUUAAUAUAAAAUUUUGCUAAGUUAAGCAAAUAUAAAUCAUUUUAGUCUCCUAUUCUUGAAGCAGAGUAACUUCAGUGUGGUACAGGUAUAGACACUACUUGGUAUGGCUUGUUUUGAUGAACUCCAUGGCCCAAGUUAAAUUUGAGAUCAUUCAAAUGAAGGCAUCAAUAGAUCUGAUUUUUAUUAGUGGAUAAAAUCCUUAUGAAAAGCCAACUCCAAAUGCUGAAAGCAAGUUCUAAAUAGUGAUCUAUUUAUAAUAACUGUCCUAGAAUACUGGGUCCUCUUUGACCAUUGAGGUUAGCUUUGCACCAGUCAUGUGCGGAGAAUACUCUCAAAACAUAGUAAGCGAAAUAGUCUCUCCUGCUUCUUUAUAUACCCAACUUCUCAAGACACAUUGUUCAUUAAAACAAUAACACAAAACAUAGGAGCUUAAGAGAAAGAAGAGACAAAGAUGGCAAGCUCUACUACCCUCCUCACCAGCCUUCUAAAAUCAUCUCAAGUUGGCAGAAACACCCCAAAUCCCAUACUGCUAUUGGCUUCUUACACCAGACGUAUUCAUGCCAGUUCAACAUGCGGAAGCCAAUUGAAAGACAUCAAAGAAAGUACCAGCUCUGCUGCAGACCAUGUGACUAAAAAGACUAAAGAAGCUGCUGGUGAAUUUUCUGAGAAGGCCCAAGAAACUGCUGACAAAGCAAAGAAGACAGCAGAAGAAGUAUGGGAUUCAACCAAGGAUGCAGCCCAAAAAGCCAAAGAGACAGUUAUGAACAGAACUGAGGUGUCUAAGGAAUAUGUUAAAGCAAAUGCAGAGAAAGUGAAGAAGAGCAUGAACACCAAGGAAUGAUUUUUCCUUAUUUUAAUUUAAGUUUCUUUCAGAUUAUUCAGUUUUUGCUUUCUUUCUUUUUUGUCCAUUGUAUUUGUUCAAGUGAAUACUGUAUCUUUUCAUCUGUCAGAUAUUGUGGAAGCAAAUAAUGUUAUUUAAGUGUCAAUAAAAAAAGCCUUUUGAUUUCAUUAUCC